AUGGAACUGAUACAACGGCCCUCCAGCAUCAGGAAUAUUUGCAUUGUCUUGGCAGCAGCACCCGCUAUAGGGUUUCUCGCCGCGAGAUUGUGGAGACUGGCAUCACAGGAACCGAUCCAAACACGGCUAUCGAUAUACAGAGCACCACGGGAUUUUGAGGGAGAGUCGAAUCUUCCAUACCCACCAAAUGCCCUCCCCGGUGCUAGAGACAUUGAGACACCGUAUGGAGUAACUCGGGCGUAUGAGUUUGGUCCAGAGRACGGAAGGAAGGUGCUGCUCAUUCAUGGGAUUAGCACUCCCUGCUUGUCAAUGGCUUGUUUGGCGAAGGUGUUGUCUGCGAAUGGGUGUCGAGUGUGUUGCUACGACUUGCUCGGGAGAGGGCUCUCGGAUGCUCCAAAUCCUUCCACCCAUAGACAAGAUUUCGCACUGUUCAGCUCGCAAAUCUUUGCAGUCAUUACUUCUUCUCCCCUUGAUUGGUGUGGAGAGGGCUUCAGCAUUGUGGGUUAUUCCCUUGGAGGUGGUAUAGCAACAUGUUUCGCAUCGUACUUCCCAAAGCUUGUCCACAGUCUGGUAUUGCUCGCACCCGCCGGCGUGAUUAGACCCGGGAGGAUGACUCGGGCGAGUGAAUUCAUAUACGGCGGCUAUCUUCCUGAGGCUGUAGUGGAGCGUCUCGUUACCAUGCGUAUGAAGUUAACGGGAGGGGAGCCUGCUCUAAGAAGUCCGCCGGCCGCUGACGCUGCUCCCGUCAUUGCGAGCACUAUCACCAACGAGACUCCAGACCCUGCUACAUCGAAUGGUGGAUGGAUAGAGACUUUUGAAGGUGUAAGAAUCUGUCCUGACAAGGCAGUGGAAUGGCAGCUGGACUUUCAUCCCGGAUUUAUCCCAAGCUUUGUGUCUACUUUGAGGAAUGGUCCUAUUUAUGACAACCACGAAAGGCUUAGAAUCAUCGGUAGGCGAUGCGAAAUCUCCUCCGGCAGUCUCGCUGAGAGACAAGUCCUUUUGAUUCUGGGAAAGCAAGAUACAGUCAUUCUGGCAAAAGAUACGGUUGAAGACAUGAGCAAUGCCUUGGGAAAGAACAACAUCAAAGUUGUGGAGCUACCAGGUGGACACGAUCUUCCGAUUGUGAACAGCGUAGGCUGCGCCGACGCGAUGUUAGAUUUCUGGGGCAGCGCAUGA